UGUAAACUAUCAGUUUAUAUCUAAAAUUGUUUGAUAAAGCUUAAGUAUUGUUAAAGUGUCCCUUUCGUCAUACUGAUACUACUUCAUUAUCGCAAAACUGUGAUAACUUUGGCUAAACUGGUGAAUUCUGUAUUUAGUUUUAGUUGUAAAAAAGCAGGAGAUUUUCAAUUAAAAAUAAAGCGAGUAUGCACAUCAAUCAACUAUCGACAUGGGAUGAAAAGCACCGUACCUGCCCAGCGAUACACGUUUAGCGAUGGCCUUUUUUGGAUGACACAGAGUCCAUUUGGAACAAUGUCUUCAAAUUGUGAAACAGCUGUGUGUAUAAAUGGAGAAAACGAUGCUCUUCUUUCCGAAGAAGUUACAAACAAUAAAGAUGACACCCUUGACAAGCUGUAUGUAAACCAAUGCUUAUUUUCUAUUCCAAAGGAGCAAGUUAGGUGCAUUCAGUACGCAGUAGAAAUAAUGAUUAAUUUUUUACUGACGAUAAUAUAUGAAAACACUUUAUUUAGUGAGUUGGUUGGUUCAAAUAAGAUAGUCAAACGAACUCUUUCGUUUUUUAAAACCAAACCAAGUAUUCAUUACGCAUUCAGCGAUAGAAAUCUGUUGAAAGUCGGUAGCUUUUACGAAGGAACAAAGAAUCAUUAUCCCGACGAGUUCGAUUUUAUAUGUGUGAUUGCUGAUUGUAGUGUAAAUGAAUACGAGUUAAUGAAGGCCAUAACGGCUGAAAUGUCUGAUAUUUUUCACUUGUGUUUGAGAGACGCCGUCUUAAAUCUAUUUCCGAUGGGUACAUGCAUUGAGUUUGUCAGGUAUGUACGCUUGCACGGUCCAGCCUCAAGACUUGAAUUUAAUUACGAACAUAAUAAUGCCAGUAGCAGAAAACGAAGUAUUUUUGUUGACAUUUCUCCUGCCGUAAAAGUAUAUACGCAAAACGAAUUGCCAACUGAGAUAAAUGUCCAGUAUUCCGAUUGGAAAAGCAUUAUUUUAGCCACGGGUAGUUUUCUCCUUCUUAAAGUCUUUAGCGCAGGACACCCAAAGCAUGAAACAAAGACAAAAAUAUCUAUUACAGAAUCGGAACAAUAUUAUGUUUUGAUGAAAAUGUCGGAAAAGCAUAAAAAAGUUUAUAGACUGUUGAAAUAUAUACUAGAUAACGAAUCGAUAGGGGAGGAGCUACGAGAACUUAUACGAAGUGAAGAAAAUCAAAUCAGUGUGGUGUGUUGCCGAGUGUUUUAUCCAAGAGUUGUGUACGAAUUUCCUUCUUACGUAAUAAAGACAUUUAUGUUUCAUCACUGUCAUCAUUGUAACCAACGUCCAGACACAAUUCAAAGCUGUUUUGUAAGCGUUUUGAAUAGCAUUUUGAAACUAAUUAAAACAGAGCAGAAAUAUAAAGUACUAUGCUUUUGGCGUAAAGACAGAUCGUUUUCAGUUUCUGUAAAGACCAUGACAGGAGAAAUGAUUGAGAUUGCUGAUAGCUACGACUCGUCUCUUAAAAUAAAGAAGUAUCUAAAGGAAAUUAGAAAAGAAAUUGGAAAUGAUUCUCAGGCAGACAUUAUUCGAAAUACUGAACCGACACCGCUGGCACGAAAGAUGGUAAACGUCUUUCAAACUCAUAGGGAGAAACGAAAAAGAAGGAAAGCGUGCAUCAGAACUACAGCUUGCGUAGCUGUGCUGUGUUCAUUUUUCAUUCUUGUGAUCGCGUUCGGGUACAUUUCAUUUUUAUCUUCAAGCAAUGACGUUGAAAUGCGUUGGUGUUGGAACGGAACUGGUUAUUCUGAGGGUAUAAAUUACACUUCUAAUGGUGAUUUCAAUCUACCGAACUUGAGCCGGUUGAACCUGUCCAGCAUUCAAAGUUCUGUACAGCGCGAGUCAGUAACAGGCAUCCCAAUGAGUUACUUAUAUUGCUUAGAGUAUGAGGAUACCGAGGUACAAGAAGACCUAGGAACAGUGUCAUGGGCAAAUGUGAGCAGAAUAUACUACUGUGGUGACAAGAAAACUUGCAAUAAAGACAAGUUGUUAUAUUCCAAGAUUAACAAUAAUAGUUUUGCUCAGGAACACAUAUGUCACACGCAUGAUUAUGAAAGCGGGUUUGGAUCGAAGAUGUUCAAUUCAUCAGACAGACACAGCAGUCAAAACGAAAAACAGUUAACAUGUUGGCGAACAAAAACCUGUCUGGACAUGGUGGAAAGGCAUUAUCGAUUUGCUGGAUUAUUAUAUGAAUAUAAAAAGAGAUGCACUGAACACCAAAGUUGUUUGCCGGCUUUCUUCAGAAACGCAAAACAGCUCAGUUGCUACGAAUCUAAGCAUUUUCAAGAAAGUGCUACGACGACUGACACUGAAAUAUGUUGUUGUGACAGAAGUCACUGUACUGACCCGGAGCUAGACGAAACUAGUAAACUGUUAGGACACAUUCUGGGAAUCAUGUAUGUCGUCGGUGUCAUUAUAAUUUCGUUGUUAUGUAUAUGUGGAAAGUUAUGUUUAUGUUUAAAGUGUGCGAUUUGCAAACAUCAUGGAAAAGGGGAUCAAGCAUCGCUUACGUUCUAUGCCAAAAGAUAUGAAAAGAGAUUCUCAAAAAUGCAGAGGAAAAGGAUAAGUUCAUUGAUAAAAUACACUAAGAAACAAUAGUUGCUUUCUUAUAAAGCCCAAACUGAUACAAUUUUAUCUAAAUAAUGUCAGUUCCUGUUAACUGUCAACUGCCUACUGUUAAAGAAGACAUGAAAAGCAAUACGAGACUGGAGGAAAACGAAACUUUGGCUAAAACUUCCCAUACCUUUCAGUUUAAAAUCGCUAUCCAAUAAUACACUAGUACAAUCACAGUGACUGUCCUGAAUUUUGAAAGAUAGAUAUUCCCCGUAUGCUGAUAUGACUUGUGCAAAGAGAAAACAAAUCGAAUCUUGAAAUGCAUUGGUUACAAACAUACACAUGCACAAUCAAUUUAUAACUUUUUCACCAUAAAUGGCACACACUUUUAUUUAUGGUUUGAUCGUCUCGAUUUAUUAAAACUAUUUAUGACAUGUUUAAAGAGAAUUCCUAGAGUUUUUUUUCCUUUCAUAGAUUUUUUUUCAAAUUCACAUAUAUGAUAGGACAAUUUGUGCUGAAAACAAUGAACAAAUAAAAAAUAAAAACAAUGGGUCACCAGGCUUGUUUUUGUAAAAAAAUGUUUUAAACACACCCACUGUUGCUGAAACUGCCAGCGAUUUUUCAACAUUUUCAUAAUUUUCUGCUUUUUUAUAAAUACCAACCAAAAUAUACACCAAGACAGCACAAUAAGGGUGAUUCUUUUAACAGAUUUUAUUAUAUACUUAUUAAAUAUCAUAGUCAUAUUUGUAAUACUAUAUCCUUACAAUAAUGGGUACAAAUGGAAAAUAAUGUUUCCUAUUCACUUUUGUGAACUUUUUUCAAUGAAAAAUACCCAUAGUGGAGAAUAUUUUUUUAAAUUUUGAAAAAACUUUUUCAUAAUUUUUUUUUCUGUUUUUCUUGUGUAUGAAUAAUUGUAUUGUGAGCAUAAAAAUGGCUAAAAAUGUAUGGGUCACUAGGCUAAAUUUUAUGUUAAGACCGCUUGAAUACAACACCUGUUCGGACGAAAAAUGGCGCGAACCUGACCAAAUUGAUAACAUGUAUAUCUGCUAGAAGUUGAAGAAAAGUUAGAAAAAUUCUUAAUUCUUUCUAUAAUUGAAUGCUAAAUAAUCUGAAAGGUGAUAUUGUCUUAUCAGUACUAAGUCAAUUGUCUUACAUUAUAUGAACAACACUGUCUUUGUACUAAAAUGUGAUGUGAAAACACAACCAUAAAAAUGGCAAGAUACCUGGCAGGCAUAAUACUUGUCACUACAACAUAACCAGUAUCAACAUUUGAUUACUGAUAAAACUUAAUAAAAAUGUUAUUUCAUUCAAGAUUCCUCAUAUUUAAGGUUGUCUGUCACAUGUUUCAACAAAUGUUGACUUCAUUUCAGUUUUCCAUAGAAAGUGUCGGUUGCGCAGGAAGAUGCGCAUAAAAAACUAUAGGAAUUCCCUUUAAUAUGUAAACUGAUUUCAAGUAUUAUGCUUGUAUGACAAUUUGAAUGCGCGUCAUCAGGUAUGACUUACUUUUUCACAUUAAUGCUAUUAAGUAAUUGUACUUGAUUUAGUUUAAAAUAAACAUGUAUAAUUGAUCAAAAGUUUGAGAUGUAGUUAUCUUAAAAAUAUUUCAAACCACGUACAGUGACAGGAAGGCACCAGUGUCCUAUGGACACACAUCUAGUUGGAUUUACUGUCACUUUGUUGAAACCGCUAUAAAUGUUAUAAUUUGUCAAAUACUCAAAUCAAUGUUAUACACAAAACCAUCGUAUUAAGGUAAAUGCACGUGUAUAAUAAUUUAAUGGUUUAAAAAGUAAAACUUAAGGGUAUAUUUCCCGGGAGCACAAAGCACCAAAAACACGUCCAUAAAGCCAUGCGGGAGGCGAAGGGGGAAAGAGGAAAGAAACACCAACAACAUGUAACAUAAUAUACCAGACGAACAAAAACAAGUUGACAAUAGGGGCACCACCUUGGAACGGUCAGUAAACUAUAUUUCUUUUGGAUUAUAAAAUCAAAAGCAGUUACAUAACAUUUAGAUCAGUCCUUUACUGUUUCUGUAUUUCAGUGAAGUUUCACAUUUUCACAUUGUACGGCUGGAUGAUACGCACUCGUGGAUUUAGUAUUACAGAUUCAAACUCUAAUGAAUAGAAUACGUGUCAUAGUUGUUAUGUAAAUGUUUCUUUUGUGAAGUUUGUCCAAAUAAUUUAAUAAAAACUUUGAAGAAGCAAUAUAACACGGGACAGUGUUUUAUUGAUAACUUGACAUUGUUGUCAUAUGGUAAUG